AAAGCAGGCAGCGUGCCCUGUUGGUUCCUGUUUUAGUGUAGGUUACAUUCAUGUCAGUUCAAGGCCAGCAGUUUUAGUCUAAAUUGUUGAGUUAUAGUAAUCUGCGUCGUUAUUCUACAGGGACAUCGAUGAAACCGCAGUCCCUCAGUUGCAGAAAUUUAACCAGUUAUCGUCAGUUUAGCAGUCCGCUAGCUAACGUGACGUUUCACUGAGGUUUGCUGAGACACUUGACGCAUCCUUUCAACUGUAUUGCCGCAGUGGUACAGCCCUUAACCCAGCAUGCACCCUGACCUGUCACCUCACCUCCACACAGACGAGUGUAAUGAAUUGAUAACUCACCUGAGGCAGUGCCACACGGAGCACAAUGUCCUGAAGUUCUUUGGCACGUGUAACGACAUGGACCGCGCUAUGCGUCGGUGCCUAAAGAAAGAGAGGCUGGAGAAGCGGGAGCGCAACAAGCAGCUUGCACAAGAGAUGAGGCAGAAGCUGAAAGGAAAGCCCAUGCAGCAGCUCUGAAGGACAUGUUCACUGCCACGCCACUAUUCUGAUAAUGGGACAUUGAUUUCAGAACGACACGGUGAAACAUGCCUCCCGUGGUGUUUGUAUGUCAAGAGGAAUGGUUAUGACUUCUGAGUGUUUGUUAAUUCAGAAGAGUCUGGAUUAAAUUAGCAUUGAAAGAUCUCAAGUGGGUCUGUUAGUACUACAACUACUGUUGAUAUUAUUUGAUCACAAUGUGAGUAAAAGCCAGGGUUAUUUAAAUGUUGAGAUCAAAUACCAUAAUGGGUAAGCUGCAUAGCUUACUCCUUACGUGAGCCCUCCUCGUACGACCUGCAAGGACUAAAACUUACGAGAACAUUUAAAAAAACAACAGCAUCUAGUACUUUGGAUCAAAGAUUGCGGUUGGGUAUCAUCAUUUAUUCCCCCUCUGCAGCUCCAUCAAGGAGAUAAGUGUAGCUGCUGGCAGAAUCUUGUCAUCAAACAAUAUUUAUGUUGGAAGGACACAGGAAUAUUCUUCUAGCUGUUUUUUGUAUUCAUGGAAAUGGGAAGUCAAUUUCAGGGUAUCAGAUGCACGUAAUAAGGACCCAAAUCUGGAUGGCCAGUUCUGUGUUUUACUCUCAAAGUGAACAUACACCCAUGGACAUGCAUAUCGAACACACUCAUUAAUGUGUGAAGGUUUACUUGAAAUGGGAACUGUAUUAAAUUCUGUUUUAAUAAAGUUAAAUAAUCAGUAAGUUUAAGAAUCAA